AUGAGGCGCUCCGAAGCCCUCCGUCUGGUUUUUUGUGCUUUUUUAAUAAAUUUGGUCCUAUCACGUGAGUUUUUAAGGUUUAAAUUGGAUAACUCAUUAGUACUGACAUUUUAGUUAAACCAAAAAAAAUUUAAUUUUUAAAAAUUUUUUUAAAUCAAAAUUUAAGAAAAUCAAUAAAAAUUUUUUCAAAAUUAUUUUUAAAAAAUUUUCGAAAAAAACAUUGAUUUUGUUACCUAAUUUACUCUUAUCUACAGAAGAAGCUGAUCCAUGUAAACGACAGCCAUUCCGCGGCCGAUGUCCCGGCAAUGGCGCUAACGGUCAACCACAACGAUCUCAGUUCGUAUUGCGUUACUACUUAAGAAGCGGCGAAUGUGUUUCGUAUCCAUACGGUAAGCAAACAUCAUAACGUUUUUGGGAGAUACGCUUUUAAAGUGGCUUUAGUUCGAAAUUGUGAAGAAAUUUUAAAAGAUUUUUUAAAAAUUUGGCUGCAAGUUGACUUUUUAAAAUUCACUUAUUUUGUAAAAUACGUUCAACGUGCUUUACAAUUUGCUUUAAAUACAGGUUUUUACCAUCCAAAAACAUUGUAAAUCUCCCAAUUCUAGGUCACUGUUCCAACGACGAAAACGAGCCAAAACUGUUCCGUUACAAGGAAGAAUGCGAAGAUUCUUGCAUCGGAAACAAAGAAAUCGUCGAAGCCACACAACCUCCAAGCUCCGUCCAAACCUACGCCACCAUGGCUCCAGACAAGUCGGAAUGCGAGAAGCAACGUGAAAACAAGAACGGCGGCGGUCUCGUCAAAGGAGGCUACGUGCCCGAAUGCGAAGAAAACGGAUCCUUCAAGCCGCUACAAUGCGAACAAGACGGAUUAACCUGCUUCUGCGUGGAUCGUAGCGGGAUCGAGCUGCCCAACUCGCGUUGCCAGCCGGGUCAGCCCAAGCCGGACUGCGAGAAGAUCGCCGCCGCACCGCCGAUGCGCUCCAACGAGUGUGGCGGUGGGGUGGAUGCGGGACCGUGCCAAGGCCACAUCCUUCGCUGGUUCUACGACGAAGCCACGCUACAAUGCAAACAGUUCGACUACACUGGCUGUGGAGGUAAUGGUAACAACUACCCAACUGAGGUCGCUUGUAAGCUACGAUGUGCUCCACAAACGCAGUCAGAAGAACAGUUGUGUCACAGUGGCCUUCCACUGAAGAAUCCCGAGGGAACGUUGGCCGACUGUUCCAGGAGCAGCUGCCCAACCGGCUUCAAGUGCAACAACUUGCCAACUCAAUCUGUUUGCUGUCCGGAUGUUGAACGCUCAGAAGCCGGUGUCUUGGAUUCUGGAGUCAAGGCCAACAUCUGUUCACUGCCAAAGGAAAGAGGACCUUGUGAUCGAUAUGAGUUGAGAUUCUACUACAGUCCCGAGCUCAAAGAGUGCAAGUACUUCUUCUACGGAGGUUGCGAAGGCAACUCCAACAACUUUGCUUUGAAGGACGAGUGCGAGAAGACUUGUGCUUCUGGAGCUUCAACUGUCAAUGCUGGUGAAAGUGUCCCAACUACUACUACUGAAGCCGAAGCCAAGGUUGAACAGACUGAAGAAAAGACUGAGGUCCCAGCUGUCACUACUGAAGGAAUCCCAGAAAAUGAACCAGAACCAGCUCAGACUACAUCUUCAGCUGCGGAAGACACCACGGUCGACCAGACUUUGGUCAAGUUGACUAAGGAAGAAGAGAUCUCUCAAGACAAACAAGACGAGAAGGCUCUGACUGAAGACAACCAAGAACCUCGCCAAACUUCUGAAUCUGAAGCCAGUGAAACCUUUGAAUCUGUCAAUCGGCAAACUUCGGAAUCCGACAACCCAAAGACUUCUGAAAACCAAAAAGCUUCUAAAUCUGAGAACCAACAAACUUCUGAAGCCGAAACUCAACAAAGGGAAACUGAGACUUCACUUCCAGAUCAACAAGAGAUCGACAGUGAAGUCAAGGCUGAAGCCAAAGAGACUGUAGAACAAGUUGACAAUGAGCCAAACAGUGUAGAACAAGUCGUGGAAGAGGCUACACAACGUGCUUCUGAAACCAGACGUCCAGUAGAACAAGCUGCCUCUUCGGAAUCUGUGCAGUCAAGAAGCCAAGCUACAGAAUCAAGAGAUCGCUCUUCAGAAUCUAGAGGUCAAAGCUCAGGAUCUCGUAGCCAAACUUCUGAAUCCAGAACUCAAUCAGAACAAAUCAGAAGCCAAUCGUCACAAAACCAAGGCUCAACUGGCCAAUCUUCAUUCAGACGUCCAGAGACAGUACAAACCAAGCGACCAGCCCCAACCACAACUACUCCAGCUUUACCAUCCAACAGAUGCCAACAUCCUCAAGAUAUCGGCUCAUGUGGAGGACGAUUCGAACGUUGGUUGUGGAACGCCGACAAACGCAUCUGUGAGACGUUCGUCUACAGUGGAUGUGGUGGUAACGGCAACAACUUUGGCAGUCGCGAAGAGUGCUUGAGCAUCUGUCAUGUUGAAGGUGAGGUUUUAAAAUUAAAAAAAAAUUUAAAAUCAUAGCUUCCUUUUAAAAGCCAAAACUCUACUAUAAGCCCCUUAUAACCCUCCUCCUUUCAGCCGUCCCCAAGGUAGACCCCAAGGAAGUCGACCUCGAGAACGUCUGUGACCACGACAUUGAUGCUGGCAACUGUGGCAACUCCUUCGUACGCUUCGCCUUCGAUAAGGAAGCCAACGACUGCAGACAAUUCAACUACGGUGGCUGUGGAGGCAAUGGCAACAACUUUGCCAACAUGAAAGAGUGUCGCAAGAAGUGUGCUGGCCGUGUACAAGGUACUCGUAGAGGAUCAGCACCCGAUUGUAAAUUUUCGUUUCUUUCUUUGAGUAUUAACGGCGGUGUAAAGAAAGAAACCACUUGUUUGGUGGGGUAGGGUUGGUUGGUUAGGUGGGAUAGAGUUAGUUAUGUGAGGUAGAGUAAAUUGAGGAAGGAUAUGCUAGAGAAGAACAGGGAAGGGUAAAAUGAGGCAUAAAAUCUUAUUUUAAGAUAGGCUAGAGAAGGAUAUAGUAGUAAAGUAAGGAAGAGAAAAGAUAUGACCAUUCUUGACAGCAAGCUAGAGUAGGUCCUUAGUAGAUAUAUUGAUUGAACUACCAUAGUUAAUAUAAAGCUAUAGUGACAUCGCGAGGUUAUUUUUAGACUAGAGCAGGGUUCAAACUAUGUUACAUAGAGCUACUGUAACUUUAUUCAAGUUUAUAUAAUAGUUAAAGUCCUCAAACAACCUUAAAAACCACUGCCAACCAACCCACCCCAAACAACAAUGCACUACCACCACGUUUUUCAUUUUUGCACUUUUGUUACCUUAAGUUACCUCCUCCCCACUAUUUUUGUUCAUUUUCAGCCGCCGUUCUGCCUGAAAACCACUGUGAACAUCCAGUGGAUGUUGGAGAAUGUUCAGGAGUCUUCACCAGAUUCGCUUACAACCAACUGACCAACGACUGCCAACAAUUCACUUACGGAGGUUGUGGAGGAAAUGGCAACAACUUCCCUAACAAGGCUGAGUGUUUGUCGUCGUGUGCGAAAGGUAUAACGGUUGUUUGUUAUAACAAUAUUUGAGCAGUUUUGUUGUUGAUAUACGUUAUAAUAGCUAUUAUAACGGAUUAUAAUAGUGUUCUUGCUUUAGUUAUUUGAAUAUUGAGUUAGUUUGAUAGUUAUUUCGUUAGUUUUUGCUGUGGUUUGGCUAAAUUUUUGAGAAUUUUAAAGGUUUUGAAGUGUUAAACCUCUAGAAUCUUCUUAUAUUUUCAAUAUUUUAAGUUAUUUUGCACUGAAUUCAACAAACGAUAGUAAAAAAAAUAAUUAGCAGACUAUGUACUACACUACUAUCCACUUUUUUUAAAAUUUACUUUGUAACUUAUUUUUGGCACUAAAACCUAGGUUUAAACCUUAUUUCUUUAGUUAAAUGCCCACCAGAACCAGCCUGUGACACCACUCACUGUCAAUUAGUUAAGGACGCUCAUGGAUGCUCGUUCUGUAGCUGUCCACCACCACCAUCCAUCUCUCACCCACCACUUUCACCACGUAUGUUAAGAUGCACGAUGCCAUCCUUGUUUUUUGACAUUGACUUUCUGAAAAUAGGGUUUUUAGUGUCAAAAGGUUAAGAAAAAGCUAGUUUCGGUAAUAAAAGUUUAGGUAUAAACUUUUUAACAAAAAACUAUAAAUUUUAAUAAUAAAAUUAUAAAAGUGUUACCUAAAAUUAAACGAAAAAAGACCUUUUAUUGCCCCAAAACUGAAAAUUAUUACCUAAAAUUCAAGUUAAACUUGCAUUUAUCUAACUCACCUUAUUUUAGCCCCAGUGAUCAAGCAAAGAGCCCACUGCCCUCCAUUGGACAUCCAAUCUUGCACUGACCCAUGCAUCAUCUUCACCAACCGUGAAGGAUGUCAAGAAUGUGUGUGUCCAGUAACUCCACCAGCUCCAAUCGGCCGUCCAAGUGACUUUGUUGGUCGACCAAGUGAAUUGGGAAGCCGACCAGGAGAUUUUGGUGGUAGACCAUCUGGAUUCGGAGGAAGAGCACCAGCUCCACCAUCUCCACCUUCUCCAUCGUCGCCUGUUGAUGUACCACCAAAAAGUAGGUUGAUUUUAAUGAGUUUGAUCUCGCAAAAUCGAAAUAUAAUAUUGUAAUUGGACGAAGAUAUUUUUGCAAAAGUUUAAAAAAGACUUUCUGGAAAAAUCCUCAUGGAUAAUAUAAAUUUAGGUCUCAGAACGAAUAAAUUUGUUGUUUUAACGUCUCAAGCUAAUUUUUUCAAGGAAUUCUUGAUGCGUAAUUUAAAAAUUUAUGUAUUGUGAUACUGUUUUAAUAUUUCUCAAUUCUUUUUUUUUCAUUUUUUUCUCCAAACCUAACACAAUAUAAUCUUAUCCUUCUUUUCAGUCCAAAAACAGCCCGUAGUCGAAGGAACUCGAGUCCGUGACAGUGAAAACGACAUUCGCGACGAGAUUCGCCCUCAAUCCUUCCCAACUCGUGAGUUUGUGCCAGAGCCAACUCCACCACCAAGACAACAUGUUCACGUUGAAGAGCCAUUUGCCGAGAUUGGUGAACAAUGUACUCAACGAAUGGACCCUGGACCUUGCAGUAACUUUGUCCAGAGAUGGUUCUUCAACCCAGCUCAAGGAGUUUGUGAGCCAUUCCAAUAUGGUGGAUGUGCUGGCAAUCGCAACCAUUUCUUCACCGAAAGAGAAUGUCAGAUUCAUUGUCAGAGAUUCGCUGCUCCAACAAGUAAGUUUUGGCAUUGAUUUUUACGUUGUUUAAAAUUUAAACAUAAUGUUUGAUGCCUUUUCACAUUCACAAGUCAUUUUUUAUACUUAUUUUUUAAUCACAACAUCUCUUUCUUUCACAUCUUUGAAGGAAAACACCAUUUCAUACCUUUUUUAAUCACAAAAUCACUUAAAAACACUUUUUUACCUCACUAAAUGCACGAUAUUAGGGACCGAAACCACCACUGAGUUUGUUGCACCAUCACGAUUCACAAAUGAGCACUCGGCUUCACAAGGCCGUGGCUUCGAAGCCUCACAGAACGAACGAUUCGAGACUGUUCAGCUGAGAAGACCUGAACAAUUCGAUCGUUUUGCUGGUCAACAACAAUUCCGUCAAGGCCCAAGACUGAACUUCCAACAAGGAGGUCAGAUUGGUACUCAGGGAGGUCAAGGAAUUCAAAAUCAACAAGUUGAAGCCGGAAGAAUUGGCCAACACGUCCAACAACCAAUCCACGUCCCCACUCCUGAUGGUCCUCAACAUAUUGAUCUGCCUUUGCGUCGUGUUAACCAUCAGCCACAGCCAUUCGCUCGACCUGAACAAGGUGUCAUCGUUCCACCACGUAACGGUCCACAAGGUCAAGAACAAGUUAAUGUUCCUCAAGGUCAACAAGUUGAAAGAACCCAAAACCAACAAUUCGAGUUCAUUGAGAAGAGCUUGAACAAUGGAAAUGAUUUCGGAAUCGACGUGCCAAAGACCGUGCCAAGGACAUCUGUUCCAUCUGGAGCUGAGUUGAAGCAAUUUGGAGCCAAUCUUGACCAAAGUCUCGAGAAAGGACAUAUUGAACAGGCUUCACAUCACGUUCAAGAGUCUUUCACAACACCACGAAACGGUCAGGAAUCACAACAAGGUCAAGAGUCUUUCACUUCUUUGAGCACCGACUCCGAACGUAAGCCAAACACGCUUAAUGCACCCAAUUUGCCUUCUUCUGUUUUCCAACCUUUUGAAAAUUCACAAGCUGGCAAAGGCUGGCGUUUCGUUUCCAAAGCACCGCUUAAUUCCGAACACGCUGCACAAGCCUUUGGCCGGGAAAACGGACAAAAUGCCGGACAAAACGGCCAAAAUCAAGGUCCAAGAACGGCCCUACCCCGCCUUCUCCGCCCUCUACCAGCUGAUCCAGUAGUUCAGAAGCAAUUCCAAGUCACUCAGCCACCACCUCAAAUCAACUUUGCUCACGAUGCCAACUCCCGACCAGUAGCUCACGCUCAACUUUCGGUUCAUGAAGCUUCGUACCAAGCUGAUGAAUCCGAAGACAAACAGCCCGGUUUCAACCCUGGCCAAGAGCCAAGCCGUGACAACAACCCAUACGCUGCUUCCAAAUCACAGACUCCACUUCCAAACUUCAGUAUUCCACCAUACAAGCAGCCGGCCAACAUUAACGACCAGUAUAUCCCACCACAGUCACAGCCAUCGUAUCCUGGCCAAGGACAACCUCAAUAUCCAGGACAAGGUCAGCAGCCUGGUCAUGGGCCACAACCGCAAUUUCCAGGCCAACACCAGCCUCAAUUCCCAGGCCAAUUCAAUGGUCCACAAGUCAACAACCAACAGUAUAUUCCACCUCAGCCAGCUACCGUAGGACCCAACGUGAAGCCCACGAUUAAUGAAGUUGCUAACGGUAACCCAUGGACUUCUCCAACUUUGGCCCCACCAGUUCAGCCUUCUGAACCCAAGUCGGAAUACAAGAAGGCUAAGGAUCUGGCGCCUGCUCCAUCUGCUGCAACUGAAACUCAAUUCCAGACAGUGAAGAAGGUGGAUGUUGUCGAAGAAGUUGCGGUUGAAACUGAAGAACCAGAAGCUACUACCGUAUCUAAAUCUGUAGCUACUACUGAACCUAGAUCUGAAGCUACUACUGAAUUCAAAUCUGAAGCUACUACUGAAUCAAAAUCCAGCAUUGAAGCUGAAAUUGUAGCCGAAUCAACUCACAAACUUAACAUCAAGCCAAUCGCUGUUACUGAUAAGCCAGAAGAAGUUAAAACUAGAGCAGCUAAGCUAGAGCCAGUCCUAGGCAACGUCAUUGACAAAGAAGGUCACGAUGAGAAGGACGUUCACGCUGGAGAGUUCAAGCCUUCAGAAGAGGUCAAGAGCAAAAUGUCUGUAGCUUCAACCAGCUUCGAUGGUAACGAUUUUCAUGAGAAACAAUCGUUGGUGGAGCUGACUCACUCGACCCAAUCCGAAAAAAAGUCGGUCGAAGAGAGCACGCUGGCUUCUGAACAUUUGAUUCCAACAAGCGAGGACUUGGAUCAAGAUAAGGAUUUGUUAGAAGUCGCUUCUGGCCAAGAGCCAAUUGAACUUCAUCGUGAAACUACUGCAUCUGCUUCUACUGCCGCUUCAAGUUCUGCUACUGCUGCUUCAGAAGUUUCAAAGACGAAAGCAUCUGUUGCUACUACCGCUUCGGAAGCUCCAAAGACUUCUGCUUCAGAAUCUUCCCAAACUUCUGCUUCUUCAACUUCAGUAGCCUCAACCUCAGUAGCCGCUAGUUCUUCUACGACAGCUCAUAGCACCGUCGGUACUUCUGCUUCAACCACGGCUCACUCCGAGACCCCAGCUUCUACAUCACAAGCUACAUCGUCAAGCAUUGCAGAAUCUAGCACCGUACACAUCACUAAAACUCAUACUGCACCAUCAAACACUGUGGCACCAACACAAGGUUCUUAUUUUUUUGCACGGUUUUGGUCUAACAUUUUUUAUAUUACACUAACCAAGUUUUUAUCUACAAUUUAUUUUACAAUAUUAUAGUAGAUAUGUUAAUAUAAAAAAUAUUUUAACCAUACUAUUUUAGGACAAACUACCCCAAGACCAACCACAAGCAGAAGAAUUGAGACGACCAGAGUAGAAACCACUACUCCAGCCCCAACUACCGCCCGUCCAGUUCAACAAGGUAUUCAGAGCUUUGUGGAGAAGCCACUCCCAGCUGACAAGGUUGUUAUCCAAGCUCCAACUGAAGCUCCAGAAGAGAAGAGCACCUACCCAGCUGAACCCAUGACUACUCCAGACCCACGUCUUCUCACCCAAUCUACACUAGGAAGAGUACUACCUGGUGGACUAGACCCAUACAGCCGGAACGGUGGAAGACAGCACGGUGUCAGAACCAGCCAAGACGAACCAUCUGAACUAUCUGACUCCAAUUCACCAAAACCAAUUCAAGAGUUGGACGAGGUGGCUAGCCACUUUGCUAACGUCGCUGCUUGCCCCAACCACAAAGAUCCUCUCAGAUACGACAACAACGACGUCGUGCUGUGCUUGCCUGGCCGUGAACAAUGCCCAGACAACUCGGUCUGCUACUUCAAUGGUCUCGACUUCUUCUGCUGUCCAAACGUUGACGAUCCUUAUGACAACCACGUCUUCGGAGGCUACGACGGUGAGGAGGAGAAGCACGGCUACAAGAACACCUUGAACAUCAAGGCCAUUCCAACCAGAGCACGUCGUCAUGCACAACGUGACCUGCCCCCAUCCGCCUUCUCUAUCGACCACAUCACUUCACCUUUGAGAUUCGACGGUCAACCACCAAAACAAAUUUCUCGGGCUGGACUAGCCAACCAACGUGUCAACCCAUGCACACAAGACGUACAAAAAGGCAGUUGUGAUGGACAACAUCUGAGAUACUUCUACGACAUCCACUCGGACGACUGUAGACUGUUCUACUUCACCGGCUGCGACGGCAACGAGAACAACUUUGCUACACAAAUCGAAUGCGAACGACGAUGCAAACUCGGCCCAAUCAUCGAGAAGCCAGCUCCAUCGGCGUCAGAUGACAAAACUCCAGCUGGACAGUGUCCAAAUGGCCAAGCUCCAUUGGGAGAGAACGCUCCAGUCCUUUGUGGUAACCAAACCGACUCCAUCGGAUGCCCAACCGGCUACUACUGCCGUCAAGGACCUCCAGAUGUCUGUUGUCCAACCGAAGUCGAGGAAAUCAAGUCGGUUAACCGUGACGUCAAGCCAGUUGUCUUUCCUCAACGUCAAUGGGGUGAUGUCAGAAGAAAGGAACGUGUUCAGUUUACGGUAGAGAACCGUGACGCCCUUCCAGUCAACGUAGCCGGUGUCGCCACCAAGACUCAGGACAAAGACUUUGACUCCAGAAUCCCCUUGGAUGAAGCCAAGUCGGAAGACAUUUCCCAGGCCAAGCAACCCGAGCUCUUCCCCUCCAACAUGUGUCCAGAUGGAUCAGAUGCGUUGAACGGUGAGGGGGGCAAACCCAUGGUUUGUGGCGCUGGUUUGGGCGUGGACGGCUUCAAGAUGUGCCCCCGCGGCUUCUACUGCUCCAUGGAUGCGGAACGUAACUCGCGGCUGUGUUGCCCGCUAGACAUUCAGUCCAGCAACGUACCACCACCACCAGUCGUGGCCCCAUACCUCGGCCAUCGACACGCCAAUCCAGGAGAAGCGAUCGGCCGCGGCUCGCUGCCCAGUGAUUUGCGCAGACUCAGGAAGGCCUAA